GCACUAUGCUAAAAACAUAUAGCAUAACGGGUAGGUCUUUUACAAUACAAAUCGAAAACAGUCGACAAAGAAGACGGCUUAAUAUUCUUGGGGCAAACAGUUAUAGUGGAAUUAAUUGAACAGGUAAAGAAAGGACACCGAAAGACUUUAUUUCAGAUGGCGGCGGCAAAACGAGAGUAAGAACAUACUAGUUAAUAAAAACCACGAAGAAGAAGAAACUUACUGCGCAUGACUGUACUCUCAGUCUUGAUUAGUGCUGUUGACAUUCUCCUUAAUUUUCAGUAUGGCUCUCGUUCCGUAUGUAGAAAACGCGUUACCCGGUCUUUCUAAGCUCCAUAAUUCGUCAGCUCAGUUUAAUUUCGCAAACCACGAGCUCCGUCUCGCCCAGGACUGGAAAAAGCUCGGGGUGGCAGCUGUUGUAUGGGAUGCGGCAGUUGUCAUGUGUAUGUACCUGGAACUGGGACAGGUGGAGUUAAAGGGGAAGGUAGCUAUUGAACUGGGAGCUGGGACAGGACUGGUGGGCAUUGUAGCAGCUUUGCUUGGCGCCAAAGUGACCAUCACAGACAGAGAACCUGCAUUGAACUUCCUCAGUGCCAACGUGAAGGCCAACCUGCCUCCAGACUCCCAGGGAUCAGCGGUGGUAUCAGAGCUGACCUGGGGUGAGGGUCUUGAACGCUACCCGCCUGGAGGAUUUGAUGUGGUUUUGGGAGCAGACAUUGUUUACCUGGAGGACACAUUUGUUCCUUUGCUACGAACGAUGGAGCACCUGUGUUCAGAUCGGACCAUGAUGUUACUGGCCUGUAAGAUCCGCUAUGAACGAGAUACCACAUUUCUGGACAUGUUGAAGCAGAAGUUCAGGGUGGAAGAGGUUUACUAUGAAAAACAGAGGGACAUUCAUGUGUAUAAAGCUUGGAAACUGGCAUACAGGAAGGAUUUGUAAGAAGUACGUUUACGAACAAUACACUUUUUUACUACUUUUGUGCAUCAAUCAAAUAAAGACAAAUAUAUAUACUUUUUUUUUUUUUUUUUUACCAGAAACACAUUUAUUAACAGCUGCCAAAAAUGUAAUAUUUGAAGAGCUCUAACAUAAUGUACUGAAGUCAUAGUCAUACAAGUUGGUGCUGACGUUUAGAAAUUGUGAAUACAAAAAUCAAUGAAAAGCAACAUAAAAAAGCAUACUAUGUCAAGACUAUACAUAAUACCUAAAUAAUACAAUAUGGCAUUCCGUUAGCAUGAACUUAAACACUUUGUUCACUGUGAAGUCUGAUUUGGUCGCACUCUACAAUCCUUUUUCAGGUUUAUUUGAUAGGUGCAAACAAGUUGUACUUGGUGCGAUUUGGUGCUUGGUUAAACUGAGAACACCCAGGCAAAUGAAUUUAUACCAUGUUCACUUAAAGCAACAAAACACUUGUGGAUGCUUUCUGAUUACAUACCGUUUAAAAGGUUAUUUUGAAGUAAAAGUCACCUUGCAGACUCGCUGCUGCAGGAUACUUUUCUCUUAUAUGAUGUGAAAUGGAUUAGGAUUGUAUAUGCAAGAAAAAGUGCGCAUGCCACUUUGCAUUUAGGUAAACACGACUUGAGGACAGCUCCUGAUGAAAGAGUGAUUCGGAUUUCCUAACAUCUGCCUGCAGGAGUGUCCCUUCAGUUAGACUGAACAAUUAAAAAAAAAAAAAAAUGGACAGGCAUUUCCAAACUUUGUCUAGCAAUAUGCAAUUAUUCUUUAAUU